AUGGGGAAAGGAACUGAUAAGCUCUAUAUUACCCAUUCCGAAUGGGCGUCCGAGGAUGCCUUUUCGGCCAACGUUGGCGCUGGUGCUGCCCGACAAAAGACUGGCGGUGCUGGCGCAUCUUUCAAACGACUGCCCUUCAACUUUUGCUCUCUCUCCCUCCAGCCGUUUUCUCACCCCGUAUGCACCUCCGACGGGAUCAUAUUUGACCUGACACAUAUUCUACCCUGGGUGAAAAAGCAUGGCACUAAUCCUGUGAACGGUGCUCCUAUGAAAAACUCCGACCUCAUAAAGCUGCACUUCGCAAAGAACGACUCGGGAGAAUAUGUCGACCCAGUUACAUACAAAGUCUUUACGGACAACACACAUAUUGUUGCCUUGGGGAACACGGGGAACGUAUUCGCGUGGGAUACGGUGCAGAGACUCAAUAUUAAACCCAAGUUAUGGCGAGAUCUAGUGUCCGACGAGGAAUUUGGCAGGAAGGAUAUUAUCACACUGCAGGACCCGCAUAAUGUGAACGCGCGGGACCUGAGUACCUUCAAAUAUUUAAAGGACGGAGAAACCAAAGUCUCGGAUGGGAAGGAUGAGCAGAGUAUCAACCUUAAUGCAAUGGGCAGCUCUGCUAAGAUUCUACGAGCAAAGGAAGCAGUUGCUAAAGCAAGGGCUGAGAGAGAGCAGAAAGCCAUAUCGGGAAGCGCUCUAUCAACCCAGAAACAAAAAGAAGCUUCGACGAGGAAGAGCUCGACCAACCAAAGCGGCAAACCGGUACCGUUUAACGCGGCAAGGCACACCACCGGUUUAGCUGCUGCCUCCUUCACCAGUACCGGGUUAACUCCACACACGGCUGCAGACUUGUCAAUAUUGACGGACGAACAGUAUAUGCUGAAACGUGGCCGCGUAAAGAACAAGGGCUAUGCGCGAAUAGUUACAAACAUGGGAGAUUUAAAUAUCGAGCUACAUACUGAACAUGCACCCAAAGCAGUGUGGAAUUUCAUUCAACUGGCGAAAAAGGACUACUACAAAGGUGUUAGCUUCCACCGCAACAUCAAAGGGUUUAUGAUCCAGGGUGGUGAUCCCACUGGAACCGGUAGGGGAGGUGAGAGUAUCUGGGGCAAGAAUUUCGCAGACGAGGUUAUCGGCCCUCUCAAGCAUGACUCUAGAGGAACGCUGAGUAUGGCGAAUAAAGGGAAGGACACUAAUAGUAGUCAAUUUUUCUUUGCAUAUCGUGCUGUUCCUCAUUUGAACGGCAAACACACUGUGUUUGGUCAUUUAAUUGAUGACCCUUCACCGUCUUCGCCGACCCUAGACGCGAUGGAAGUCGCUCCUGUGGACUCCAGCUCAAACCGGCCGACGCCUCCGAUUAAAAUGCUUGAUAUAGUUAUUUUCGUGGAUCCUUUCGAAGAAUUUCUGAACAAAAAGCGCGAAGAGGAGAGUGCUCAACAGAAAUCCAAUUCUGAGGCCAAUGGAGGGGCUAAUAAGAGCAAAGAUGACGAUGACCAAGUUACAUGGACCGGAAAGAGGUUACGUGGAUAUGGCUCUGCUGGAGGAGAUAAUACCCCUGGAAGCGUAUCUGGAGUUGGAAAAUAUCUAAAGGCCGCAGCCGCAACGCCCACUGGGAAUGAAGAUGAAAUUGUUGGAUUUGUUGACGACGAUGAACCGGAACCAGAGCAUGUUCGAAAGAAGGCGAAGAAUGCAGGCCGUGGAGGUUUUGGGACCUUCGAUUCCUGGUGA